AUGCCUAGCAUUAUCGAACAUGCCCCACGGUUUGACCGCAGCAAGCAACCCACCAGUCUUCAAAUCCCAGAUCAAUUCAAAUGCCCGAACCAUGACCCUGCAAAAUACGUGCCCCGAAGCCUUUCAGUCCUUCGUCUUCUGGCUUUACUACCAUACCCAUUUGACAACGUUAAAAGCGAGGUACUGGUGGAGCUUUGGUUCAUCGCGGACUUCGCGCAGACCCCAAAGUUGCAAACAGAGGUCGUGAACGCCCUGGAAGAAGCCCGGGUGCAAUACGAGCGAUCCAUUCCAACCUCUAAGCUCGUGCGUAUCUACAAGAAAACCCGAGAAGGUAGUUCCCUACGGAAAUACACUGUGGAGGCGCUGGUUGCCAGGAACAAAAUCGAGCCAGAAAAUUAUCACCAGCAGCUCACCAUUGAUCUUGUUAAAGCAUUCUCCAUCGAAAGCACUAGCCUGAGAACUGCCAUCCAGACUCUAGUUCCUGCGAAAUUCCGCUUCCGUUUUGAUGUUGAUAUGAAGAAGUGUCAGAUGGAGCAAAUUAGCAAACAGCCUACAAGUCCACCUACUCAUCAGCAGCGUUCAACCAAACGAUCCCGAGCCUCAAACCAUUCUAGCAAUGCAAGAAGACGCGGAAUUCCAGAGUGAGAUGUGGGAUCUCAUGGGGGUCAUGCAAGGCUGAGCACCUGUGCGGUCCGAUAUCGAUCAAGUAUGAAGAAAGACUUCUCUGCGAUAUAUGCGAGAGGAAAAUCUGGAAUACGUUUCAUCCUUGGCUCACACAAACUCGUUGAUCUUGGACCAGGUUCCGCGAAGUCUUGGUAGUCGAGACUAUGGAAUAAGAAAUGCUUCCUCCCAC